CGUCAGCGACAUUCCACACACGGUUCUUCUAAUUUUAAAACCGUCCGUGCGGUGCACUUUGCAAAAGAACAGACACGCGGAUUCAGUCUUGGAUAUACAGCAUGGAGCAUUGUUUUACCGAAUAACGGCGUCUACAGCAAACCCAGCGACCGGUGAAUCUAACGGGAAUACGUUAUAUAUUGCGGCUUUAGCAACGGGUCGCUGCGCAUCUUCGCGAGAAGAAAACACUAAGCGUCAACAAUAACCAUUCGCCAAGAUUUCUCUCCUAAUGCUCUUCGCCGCCCGCUGCUGGUUUUUGAAUUUUCGUGUGCCAUUUGCUUCGCUGGUUUCGUUCAAAGUACUUUGAAAUAUCUAGACUGCAAAACAGCACGAUUCUACGUUACGUGACGAUAGCAGGAGCGGCAAAAUCGUGUCUUAACAUCGGCUGCCGUUGCAGUGGUUCGGCUGCAAAGGUUGCGAACGCGUCUAGAGACGGAAGUAAGGGCAGACAAACGCAGGUCACACUACUGAUAUCAACACAUUGCCCGUGCUCCAAAUGGACCGGUUUAGCAGACAGAGCGGCAGCCGACCGGUGGUAUUCGUAGCGUUACUUCUAUUGCUUAUUGCAGAAGUGGAAAAUGUGAUGGGGAUAAAAUGUUACCACUGCACCGUGGCACCUCCGAGUCGGCAUCAAAAUAACACCAAAACGCAGCUAUGCUCCAAAUUCGACGAAUCCAGCUACUAUGAGGUAGACUGCCCUUGGUCCACCAUGUGCAUGAAGCGUAUUUUUAAGCUGAAGCUACUAAAAGGCGAACAAGAGACGGUAAGCCGUGGUUGUGCCCAGCAGAAAAACACGGAACAGGUUUACAAAUCCGGUUCCUGGACGCCGCAGCACAAUAUCGAGGAGCCGUAUACGGAGGGUUGCCAAACGAUAGACGAUUCAAUGUACUGUUUUUGCCGGGGGUCUCUCUGCAAUUCGGCCACGAAAGUGUCAGAUAGAGCCAAUUAUCACACGGACGCGAUGGCUGUUAUAUUUGUGUUUAACGUGAUGAAAUACAUUCGCAACAUAGAGCACUAAGCACUGAGCGAACGGAAAAGGGAAACAAAAUAAUAACUAUAGACAGUAAGUGAUCGACAGGUUUCAACAUCUGAUCAUAAUGUGAUACUGAAGUGCUGUCCCACGUGACAAUGCUUCAAAAACUAUGCCUUGACUCUAAGUGCGGCAAAAAUAAAACGAUUUGUUGUAUUGUUAUGCGAGUUUUGCUAAUACGGACUAAUGUGUAUACAGGUAAUAGGUAUGAAUGGAAUAAAAACAAAAUGCGUGAUGCACUU